GUGAAACACAUUGAAAAACUUAUCCGGCAUGUCGAGGGCCUCUCUUUUGAAUUGGAAAAGAGUAAAGCUAUAGAGGCCAAGGUAGAGAUAAAGAUGAAUGAGGCUGAGCUCAAGGUCUCGAAGAUAGAGGAUAAACUGCUGGAGGCCGAGGCUAACUACUUGGCCAAGACUUCUAAGGUCAAGAACCUGGCGGAGGAACAGACAAGGACCAAGGAGAGAGAGAGAACAAUAUUCACCUCAAGGUCUUCCACCAAUGUCAAGACCAAUUCAUCCUAG